UGCCUCUCCCUUCCCUCUCGGUCGUACCAUGCCCGCCAGCAGCGAGCCAAGAUCAACCACUACGAAAUCUUGGGGGUUUUGCCUGACGCCUCACUUAAAGAGAUCAAAACUAAGUUUAAGAAGCUCAGUUUAAAGCACCAUCCGGAUGUUAACAACUCCAUGUUGGAGACGGAUGCCGACAAGGAGGCCAACAACAACAAGUAUAUCCAAAUCUUGGGCUCGUACGAGAUCUUAAAAGAUGACAAGAAGCGGAGCGCGUAUGAUUCCAAGCACCGCCAGGUGAUGUCGCUGGAAGCCAGAAACCGCAAGCAAGAGCAGAUGAAUAAGUACUACGGCGAGGCCAAAUACUACUCCCGAUCGGCGUCUGCCAGACCGUCUCCCAGCGGCUUGAACAACCGACGCACAAAGGUGCACUGGGGCGCCGGGACACCAUACAGAGACAAGUCCUUUUUCCACGGCCGUUAUCAGGAUUUCUCCACCAUGGACGAUACCCCGCACUUCAACUACGCGGAAUACUUGAAGAAGCAGCUGAAAAUCGAAAUGCGCUUGUGCAACAGUCGCAUGGAGAAGGUCCGCGAAGAGAUACGAAGCCAGUUGGUCGAG